AUGCCAGUUUCCUUCUCUGCUUCUUCUUCUUCACCUCUGCCCACUGCUUCCUCUCCUUCCUGCAGAUUCUCAACUCCAAAACGACCCAGAACCCAUUUCUCAUACCCUCUCCUCGCCCCCAAUCCCCUCUCCAAGAAGAAGAUCAACUAUACAUUCCUCCGGACAUACCCACACCGCGGCCGACAGCGCGAUUUCCCCUCCUGCGCCGCCAUUGCAGGACUCGAUUUCGGCAACUUGGAGUCGGUCUUUGAAGCAGCCGGAGUAUUGACAGCUAUCAUAAUCGUGCACGAGAGCGGCCACUUCCUCGCCGCCACCCUCCAGGGGAUCCACGUAAGUAAAUUCGCAGUUGGGUUCGGUCCGAUUUUAGCCAAGUUCAAUUCCAACAAUGUGGAAUACUCGCUUAGAGCUUUCCCCUUAGGUGGGUUCGUGGGUUUCCCUGAUAACGAUCCCAAUAGCGAUAUUCCAGCGGACGACGAGAAUCUGCUCAAGAAUCGGCCGAUUCUGGACCGGGUAUUAGUGAUUUCAGCUGGUGUAGUUGCUAAUAUCAUUUUCGCCUACGCGAUUAUCUUGGUUCAAGUUUGUUCGGUUGGUUUGCCUGUUCAAGAGGCAUUUCCUGGUGUUCUUGUCCCUGAAGUUCGACCCUUCUCUGCUGCUUCUCGAGAUGGGUUGCUUCCUGGUGAUGUUAUCGUCUCUAUCAAUGGUUCGGAAGUGCUUAAACCAGGGGUUAAUUCGGUCUCUGAGGUUGUCGAGGUCAUUAAGAUGAACCCCAAGAGAGACGUGGUACUGAAAGUGGAGAGAGGGAAGCAGGAUUUUGAGAUUAAGGUAACCCCAGAUGAGAGCUUUGAUGGAACUGGUCGAAUCGGAGUUCAGUUGUCGCCGAAUUUCAAAAUCGAUAAGGUUGUAGCUAGGAAUAUCAUGGAUGCGUUUAACUUCUCUGGAAGGGAAUUUGUGGGUCUUACUUACAACGUUCUAGAUAGCUUGAGGCAGACUGUGAUGAACUUCUCACAGACUGCAAGUAAAGUUGCAGGCCCUGUAGCUAUCAUUGCAGUUGGUGCUGAGGUUGCUCGGUCGAAUGUUGAUGGGCUAUACCAAUUCGCGGCACUCCUCAAUUUGAACUUGGCUGUGAUUAACCUUCUCCCUUUGCCUGCUCUGGAUGGAGGGUCCUUGGCAUUGAUUGCUGUGGAAGCAGCGAGAGGUGGGAGGAAGCUACCUUUGGAAGUGGAGCAGCGAAUUAUGUCAUCAGGGAUUACGUUGGUUUUGCUUCUCGGGAUGUUCCUCAUUGUCAGGGAUACAUUAAACCUGGAUUUCAUAAGAGAGAUGUUGUGA